AUGUCACUCAAGAAGCUUAACAUUAAAUGCGAUAUUUGUGGCGACAAAGCAGUCGGUCGCAACUUUGGGGCUGUAACGUGCGAAUCGUGCAAGACAUUCAUCCGAAGUAAAGAACUAGAAGUGAAGUCUAGACAAGAAAUUAAUGAGCAAAAUGACGGCACAAUUGUAUGCGUUAGAAGUGAUGACUUUUAUGAAUGCAAUACAGAUAACAGUAUUUUCAAUGAAAUCAUUGAAAACGUGACGACAACUGAUGAUAGACUGGAGAAGCGGAUGAACGAAAUAGAGAGCUAUUUAUCGCACAAUAAAACAAUUAAUUUCAAUCAUAACCCGCAGGACGUACUGAAACUCAGAUUUACACCCGUUUUCCGACACAUCGAAGACUUUCACAGUUUUAACGAAUUGACAUUAAUCCGAAGUAAAGAACUAGAAGUGAAGUCUAGACAAGAAAUUAAUGAGCAAAAUGACGGCACAAUUGUAUGCGUUAGAAGUAACCCCUUUUAUGAAUGCAAUACAGAUAACAGUGUUUUCCAUGAAAUCAUUGAAAACGUGACGACAACUGAUGAUAGACUGGAGGAGCAGUUGAAUGAAAUAGAGAGCUAUUUAUCGCACAAUAAAACAAUUAAUUUCAAUCAUAACCCGCAGGACGUACUGAAACUCAGAUUUACACCCGUUUUCCGACACAUCGAAGACUUUCACAGUUUUAACGAAUUGGAGUCUAAGAGGCUGUCGGAGCUGUUCAGCGCCUCCAAUGUAUUCACGUGUCAAUCAUUUUCGGCCGAAAAUGUCUUUGAGAUGACGGAUGUGCUGACAGUGUACCGCAUAUGCGGUGUCAUAAUGGACAGGGAUGCCAAGGAUGUGAUUAAGUUCACGAAAAAGUUAAACACUUUUAAUAACAUCUGCGCUAACGAUCAGUUGGCGCUCAUUAAGUACGGGUGUCUUGAGGUACUGCUACUCCGGUAUACCAUGCUAUACGAUAUCAAUACGGAAUAUUGGACCUGGGUGUUGAUGACGGCAAUAGUACUGUUUAAUCCGAAUCGACCCAAUCUUAUACACAGAGAUGUGGUUAAAGCCGAACAGCAAUUGUAUAUUUAUUUACUGCAACGCUAUCUGUAUCUGAGAUAUCGAUCGGAUUUGGAAACACAAUCAAAACUUUUAAAACUCAUGAACCCAUUGACAGAUUUGCAGAUAAUAUGUGACAUCGAGAAGGAAAAUGGACACGAAUUCUAUUUAGAGACUUACGGACCUAUUCUUAAGGAAAUCCUUUACGAUAUCACACAUUAAUUUUUAUGACAU